AUGGUGGAAGAUGCAACGGAGGAGACGCAUAGUGCUAAGGAGAGUGGCGAAAAGAUGCCUGUGAAUAACGGAGAAUAUAGAAGUUUAAGAAGUUCUAUGUGCGAAGAAUGUGAUGAAAAUUCAGAUGUCUACCGGAGCACUCAAAGAAAACUUGAGAAUCGUCAUGUGCAAUUUGUAGGUAUAUCUGGUGUUAUCGGAACAGCGCUUUUUGUUUCUAUAGGGAAGGCCUUGCAUCAUGGAGGUCCAAUAUCAUUGCUUCUUGGGUUUACCCUGUGGUGUAUACCGAUUCUGUGCAUUACUGUCUCCACAGCUGAAAUGGUGUCUUAUUUACCGUUGAAUUCUCCAUUUUUACGAUUGGCAUCACGAUGUGUAAAUGAUUCACUUACAUUUACUGCCGGUUGGAACUUCUGGUUUUUGGAAUGUGUACAGAUCCCCUUUGAGAUUGUUGCGGUAAAUGUUGUGAUCCACUAUUGGACAGAUGAUUAUUCUGCUACGAUUCCCUUGUGUGUUCAGGUAGCACUGUAUUUUUUGAUCAGUGUAUUUGCAGUUCGGUACUAUGGGGAAAUUGAAUUUUGGCUUGCAAGCUUCAAGAUUAUACUUGCCGUUGGGUUGUUUGCUUUUACCUUUGUUACGAUGGUUGGUGGUAAUCCAAAGAGAGAACGGUACGGAUUCAAGCACAUUCGCGAGUUACCGUUUAAAACUUACUUUCCUGGUGGUGACUCUGAUCAAGGGUCCGCACUCGGUUAUUUUCAAGGGUUUUUAGCGUGUCUUAUUCAAGCAUCGUUCACUAUAGCAGGUCCAGACUACGUGUCUAUGAUAGCUGGUGAGACAAAACUACCGCGUAAAGUUUUACCCAUCGCAUUCAAGCAAGUAUUUGUAAGGCUGACGUUUCUAUUUCUUGGGGGAUGCCUGUGCGUUGGAAUAGUCUGCGGGGCCAAUGACCCUCAACUUACUGCUGCUAUCAAUGACUCCCGUCCUGGUGCUGCGUCUUCCCCAUAUGUUAUUGCGAUGAAUCAUCUAGGUAUCAGAAUCCUCCCCGAUAUUGUUAAUGCGGCCUUAAUAACAGCAGCAUUUUCUGCUGGGAAUGCUUACACCUAUUGCUCCUCUAGGUCCUUGUACGGACUUGCUUUGGAUGGCUAUGCUCCCCCAAUAUUCAAGCGUUGCAACAGAUAUGGUGUGCCCAUAUACGCUGUUGGGGUCUCCCUGUUUUGGGCUGUCUUGAGUUUACUGCAGUUGAAUGAAAACAGCUCUAUCGUUUUGAACUGGCUAAUAAACUUAAUAACCGCCUCCCAAUUGAUCAACUUCGGCAUCCUAUGUAUUAUCUACCUCUACUUCAGGAGAGCCUACAUCGCCCAGCAAGACAAUCUGCCAGCUCUACCCUUCAAGUCCUGGUGGCAGCCUUACACUGCAAUCUGCGGUCUGGUGUCCGUUACAAUCAUGGUCAUCGUCCAAGGCUACACCGUAUUCUACAGCUCCCUCUGGAACGUACAAGAUUUCUUGUUUUGCUACUUCAUGGUCUUCGCAAAUAUAGCGAUCUAUUUAGCUUGUUACUUCGUCUGGAAACGUGGGAAUGACAAUGUCCUGCCACCCAACCAAGUAGAUCUCAUAACAGGCCUAGCCGAGGUCGAACUUCAUGAACUAGCACAUGGCUUCGACAAAUUUGCCUUUCUCCAUCGUUGA